AUGCUUGCAGAAGGGUUGCCUAUUGGCAAGAGUUUUACGUCCCAAAUUGUCGUACAUUAUGUCGAUGCUCGGCCAUUCCAUCUGCAUGAUCAGAUGUCGACGGAUCUACGUUAUCGAGUGUUAGUUUUCACGGGUGAUUGUCUACUCUCGUCUCAACUCGAAAAGAUCGAGGAAACUGCAGCAGCACAAGAACGAUUGGCCAAAUGCUACACACCAUUGGAGGACGCUUACGAUGAUGUUAUAGACUUCAUCACAGUAUCUUCGACUCCACAUGCGGCAUUCGAGAAAGAAUCACUACCACUUUUCCUUGUUCAGAAUAAGUGGAAAUUAUUUUGUGACGAAGUUUCAAUCGAUGGCGUAUGUAUCCUGUAG